AUGGUCACACAAGCAGGAAUAUCUCAGAAGGACAUCUAAUGUUAUCCCCGGAUUGUGACAUAAAAGAUAAUGACAGUAGACAGGAUUCUCCAGGAGAUAACCCCAUUACCCCAAUUAUACAUCCAGCUCUAUCAGCUGAUCCCUCUGAUCCUGGGAAAUGUUCUCCUGAUCACUCUGAUAUUGGUGCAUCUGUUACAGCUCUGACAGUAGAUACAGUGUUUCCCUGUUCUAUAGAUGCCAAAUGUUUUACACAGAACACAAAGCCUAUUAACCCACACACAGGUAAGGCAGGUGAGAGGCCAUUUCUAUGUUCUGAGUGUGGGAAAUGUAUAAGUAAAUCACAUCUUGUUUUACAUCAAACAAGUAACACAGGUGAGAAGCCAUUUCCAUGUUCUGAGUGUGGGAAAUGUUGUGUAAGUAAAUCACAACUUGUUACACAUCUGCGCAGUCACACAGGUGAGAAGCCUUUUCCAUGUUCUCAGUGUGGGAAAUGUUUUGCACAGAAAUCAGAUCUUGUUAAACAUCAGAGAAGUCACACAGGUGAGAAGCCAUUUCCAUGUUCUGAGUGUGGGAAAUGUUGUGUAAGUAAAUCACAUCUUGUUAUACAUCACAGAAGUCAUACAGGUGAGAAGCCAUUUCCAUGUUCUGAGUGUGGGAAAUGUUGUGUAAGUAAAUCACAACUUGUUACACAUCUGCGCAGUCACACAGGUGAGAAGCCUUUUCCAUGUUCUCAGUGUGGGAAAUGUUUUGCACAGAAAUCAGAUCUUGUUAAACAUCAGAGAAGUCACACAGGUGAGAAGCCAUUUCCAUGUUCUGAGUGUGGGAAAUGUUGUGUAAGUAAAUCACAUCUUGUUAUACAUCACAGAAGUCACACAGGUGAGAAGCCAUUUCCAUGUUCUGAGUGUGGGAAAUGUUUUGCACAGAAAUCAGAUCUCGUUAUACAUCACAGAAGUCACACAGGUGAGAAGCCAUUUUCUUGCUCUGAGUGCGGGAAAUGUUUUACACAAAAAUCACAACUUGUUACCCAUCAGCAAAGUCACACAGGUGAGAAGCCAUUUCCAUGUUCUGAGUGUGGGAAAUGUUUUACACUGAAAUCACAUCUUGUUACACAUCAUAGAAGUCACACAGGUGAGAAGCCAUUUCUAUGCUCUGAUUGUGGGAAACGUUUUACCUGCAAAUCACAUCUUGUUACACAUCAGCGAAGUCACACAGGUGAGAAGCCAUUUCCAUGUUCUGAGUGUGGGAAAUGUUUUACACUGAAUUCAUAUCUUGUUAUACAUAACAGAAGUCACACAGGUGAGAAACCAUUUUCUUGCUCUGAGUGUGGGAAAUGUUUUACACUGAAAUCACAUCUUGUUAUACAUAACAGAAGUCACACAGGUGAGAAACCAUUUUCUUGCUCUGAGUGUGGGAAAUGUUUUACCUGCAAAUCACAUCUUGUUUCACAUCAGCACAGUCACACAGGUGAGAAGCCAUUUCCAUGUUCUGAGUGUGGGAAAUGUUUUGCACACAAAUCAGCUCUUGUUAUACACCAGAGAAGUCACACCGGUGAGAAGUGGUUUUCUUGCUCUGAGUGCAGGAAAUGUUUUACACAGAAAUCACAACUUGUUACACAUCAGCAAAGUCACACAGGUGAAAGGCCAUUUCCAUGUUCUGAGUGUGGGAAAUGUUUUACACGGAAAUUACAACUUGUUAGACAUCAGAAAAGUCACAUAGAUGAGAAGCCAUUUUCUUGCUCUGAGUGUGGGAAAUGUUUUACAUGGAAAUCAGAACUUGUUCCACAUCAGCGAAGUCACAUAGGUGAGAAGCCAUUUUCUUGCUCUGUGUGCGGGAAAUGUUUUACACAAAAAUCACAUCUUGUUAUACAUCAGCGCAGUCACACAGGUGAGAGGCCAUUUACAUGUUCUGAGUGUGGGAAAUGUUUUGCACACAAAUCAGCUCUUGUUAGACAUAACAGAAGUCACACAGGUGAGAAGCCAUUUUCUUGCUCUGAGUGCAGGAAAUGUUUUACACAGAAAUCACAACUUGUUACACAUCAGCAAAGUCACACAGGUGAGAGGCCAUUUCCAUGUUUUGAGUGUGGGAAAUGUUUUACACGAAAAUCACAACUUGUUACACAUCAGCGAAGUCACACAGGUGAGAGGCCAUUUCCAUGUUCUGAGUGUGGGAAAUGUUUUACACGGAAAUCACAACUUGUAACACAUCAGAGAAGUCACACAGGUGAGAAGCCAUUUUCUUGCUCUGUGUGCGGGAAAUGUUAUACACAAAAAUCAAAUCUUGUUAGACAUCAGCAAAGUCACACAGGUGAGGUCAUUUUCAUACUCUGAUAAAUAAAUCAGCUCUUGUUGCAUACAGUAGACAUCACUCAGGUGAGGAACAAUUUUAAUCUUCUGAAGUAUACUCAUUGCCAUGCGUUGUUCUUCAAGUUUAUUAUCCUCCUAUGUUUUUUGCAAUAUACAUACUACCACUGGGUGAAAUAAUCAGAUGUCAUGCCCUCAUCUACCACUGCUAUGCGGAUGACAUGUCUUUUUCUCCAGGUACUGAGAACCCAGUCCCAAUCCUAAAUGGUUGUCUAGCUGAACUCCAGGUGUUUGUGAUGCCAGUUGGCUGUGAUUCAGUCCUGGUGAAACAGGUCUUUAUGGUCGAAGCUCACCAACAAAGGGCAGGGCUACAGCUCAACUUUGCAAACCAACCAGGCUUGGGGGUUCAGAGUUACAUAAUGCUGAUCAUGUGUGGAAUCUUGGUGUCCUGGAUGGUGGAAUGACACUUAGACAUCAGUAUCUGCCACAAUAAGAUCCUCAUCUGAGGAACAUAGCCAGACUCCAGCACGUAAUUCCCUCAGAAGAUCUACCUACAGUCAUACAUGUACUUGUAUCAUCACGCAUAGACUACUGCAAUGUCCUCUACCUGGGUCUCCCAGCAAAAGAGUUGCACCGGUUGUAGCUUGUACAGAAUGCAGCAGUCAGACUGUUACCUAACCAGCCCGUUCCUGCCACAUAACACCCAUUCUCUGCUCCCUCCACCGGCUGCCUGUAAGAUGGUGACUCUAUUACAUAAUCUUACUGACUCUCCCAUCCCUACAUGACCAUGGUCCAUGGCACCAGAAGCAGCUUCUGCCUCCUUACUGCCCUGCUUUCUAACUUCCACCUGCAGAUGAAGGACUGUUACCAGCAGUACCAAGAAUCCCCAAGCAGUGCUGAGAU